AUGUUUGAGGCAAUUGCCUCGGAACGGACCCGUCUCGCCGGCCAAGGCCUGGCUCUUGCUACGGUCGAUGCGCUGUGUCCCGAGAUGGAAGCGCGGUUGCAUGCAGUUGAAAUUCUUGCGAGUUGCGACAGUGUUGAAAAAGACGUGAGCAAAGGCCGUCUAGUAGCGAUCGUGGGCGGCGGGCUGUCUGGAUGCGAAGCUGCGAGGUUGCAUGCUGCCGAGGGUGCGUCGGUGAUUGUGUUGGAGAAGCGGAUCGCAUACGGUGGCGUGUGGGCAACGACGGCCAACACAGCGUCCCGGGUCCAGGUAGACCCGGUCUCCUUCCGUCCGCUCCACGACAGCUCGCCGCUUCCAGACGACGAUGAGAGCGAUCCGUUUGGUUCGUUCUAUCGCUCGCGGGCAGAUGUUCUCGACCAGCUCGCAUCUGACAUUGAAGGUGCCAACCUCAUCGCCCGGACCGUGUUUGGCGUCCAUGUGGAGAGCUUUGAUCACACUGAUGAUGGAAAGGUGGCGGUGACGGUAGCAGUAGAUGACGGGACAUGUGCGAUUGCUGUCUUUGACGAGCUCCACAUCCGCACUGGCUCACUCACUGAUCAUGUCGGCGGCGCCACGGCGCUCGGCCUUGACGACGUGAGCUUUGGUGGCAAAGUGGCACGUGGCAUUGCCGAUGAUGUUGCUUCGAGUGAGCUUGCAGAUGCCGAUGUAGUCAUUGUCGGGCUCGGUGCAUUUGCGGUGGAGAACGUGCGGCGGAGCCUUGCUGCAGGCGCCAAGAGCAUCACUGUCCUCACCCGUCGCGCCGAUAAGCUCCUCUUCCCCGAGGCCGCUACUUACGUCCUUCGCCACGCCCUCAACCAAACGGCAGCCGCCGAGCUUGGACAGGCGCAGCUCGACGCGAUGUGGGCUCGAGUUCAUGGCCUGGUGGCGACAGGCGCAGCGGCGGCUGGCCUCUCAGACCUCCUCCUCAAUCCAGACACGGUUGUCGAGAUCGACGGCCUCCCACACUUUGUCUUCUCCAACGGCCUCCCGGCCAUGUCGUCUAAUGUAGUCUUUCUUGGGGCUGCCUAUGGGCUCGUCACCAUUUUCGUCGACGAGAUCGCAGCGUUUGCAUCCAACGGCUUGGUGACCAAGACCGGGCGCGAGCUCCCUGCCGACGUUGUGCUCACCUGCCUCGGGUUCGGGACCCGCGACUCGCUCCUCGCCGGCCACACGGUCACUGACGCAUGGUUUGUCGACGGACGUGUGACAGUGACACACAACCUCCGCGGCGAUCGGGUUAAUGGAGCCAACGUCAUCGGCCCGCGCGUCGACGCCUCCAACUUUCUUAUCUCUUACUACGAAGAUGCAGUCGAGUACGAGCGGACCAUCCGCUCGAUGUGCGACGAUGAGUCGCGCGAGAUCUAUCACGAGAUUGCAUGCAUGGAGCCGAUCUCGACUCCUGCUGCUGUUGAUGACGUCGACUACUUUACCACCCUGGUAUUGUCGAACAAGCUGGAGCGAUGCUCUGCGCCUCGCAUCGCCGCUAUCCUCGACGACAACCGCGACAAGCGCGUGGCGCUAUAUGAUCUUGUCCUUCCGGACUGGACCUUCUGGGAGAGGGAUGCCGCAGCCUGGGAUCGGAUGGCGCGGGAGCUUGCCGGGAGGGUUGGGAAGGAUGUCAUUCCGUAUCCGGGAUGGCACUGGGACAACAUGCUAUCCUAG